AGGGCCAGGCCUCGGCUCCGCAGGGGGGUGUGCCCCUGGCCUGGCCCCACUGUGGCAGUGUCCCCCUCCCCCGACCCCUCUGAGUGGAGGCGCCCACCAGUCCCUGAGAACUGGUACUAUGAAAAGGUAAAGCCGCCAGGCAGAGCCGCGCCCGGAGCCAGCAGAUUCCAGCAAGGCCCCCGCAGAGGGACCCACACCAGCUGCUGCCUCCCCCCGGCUCAUCCCAGCCCCCGGGCCGCGUGCCCAGCUCACCUUCGCCCCGCCUCUGCCCCCACCGGCCGGCGGCAUGGCCAACUACUACGAGGUGCUGGGCGUGCAGUCGAGCGCCUCCCCGGAAGACAUCAAGAAGGCCUACCGCAAGCUGGCCUUGCGCUGGCACCCCGACAAGAACCCUGACAACAAGGAGGAGGCCGAGAAGCAGUUCAAGCAGGUGUCCGAGGCCUACGAGGUCCUGUCCGACACCAAGAGGCGCUCGGUGUACGACCGCGCGGGCUGCGACAGCUGGCGGGCGGGCGGCGGGGCCAGCGCCCCCUACGGCAGCCCCUUCGACGCGGGCUACACCUUCCGGAACCCCGAGGACAUCUUCCGUGAGUUUUUCGGCGGCCUGGACCCUUUCUCGUUCGAUUUCUGGGAUGCGCCCUUCAACAGCGACCGCGCGGGCCGGGGCCCUGGGCUGCGGGGCGCCUUCUCGGCGGGCUUCGGGGAGUUCCCGGCCUUCAUGGAGGCCUUCUCGGCCUUCGACGCCCUGGGCCGGGCCGGCGGUGCCAGCCGCACCACCUUCUCGUCCACCUCCUUCGGGGGCUCCGGCGCCGGCAGCUCAGGGUUCAAGUCAGUGAUGUCGUCCACCGAGAUGGUCAACGGACACAAGGUCACCACCAAGCGCAUCGUGGAGAAUGGGCAGGAGCGCAUGGAGGUGGAGGAGGACGGGCAGCUCAAGUCGGUGACCAUCAAUGGCAAGGAGCAGCUCAAGCGGGUGGACAACAAGUGAGUGGCCGGCCGUCCCUGGGGCCACCGCUGUCGCCGCCACCACCCGCCGCCACCCACCUGCCGCGCGGGCCGCAAGCUAGGCUCAUGGUUAAUAAAAAUGCCAAGUGAGUUCAUGGAAA